AUGUCUACAUUAUCUUCCACUACAGCGCCACGACCUAAACCUUGGGAGACUAGCGCGCCCUUAAAUGAGCAGCAGCGUAAUGCUCUGCCUUUGGAAGCGGUGAUGGCUUCGACUCAGCAGAAUUCUAGCCAGAGUGAAAACAACAACAACAACAGCAACAGCAACAGCAACAGCAACAACAGCAAUAUUUCAAGCGAAUCGCCCCCUGAAGUCUUACCGCGACCUACGGCGCUAAACUCUUCUAGUACGUACGGUGAUGUAAAUACGAUGCCAGCAGCAUACAGCAAUAGCAGUUAUGGCAUGCCCUAUGAUAAUAAUGCGUAUGGUGUGAACUCUAUGUAUGGAAAUAGCAUAGGUAGAUAUGGGUAUGGGGGGUCGUACUAUGGAAACAAUUAUGGAUCCUUUUAUGGUGGAGGAUAUGGUGCGGGAGCAGGUGCAGGUGCAGGAUAUGGAAUGAACAAUGGUAAUGGACUAGGCGAGUCGACAAAAGCCACCUUUCAAUUAAUAGAAAGCCUGAUAGGGGCUGUUACAGGGUUUGCUCAAAUGCUAGAAUCCACUUAUAUGGCGACACAUAACUCGUUCUUCACCAUGGUAUCGGUGGCAGAACAGUUCGGUAAUUUGAGGGAAAUGUUAGGCUCAUUUUUUGGUAUCUUUGCUAUAAUGAAGUUUCUAAAGAAAGUACUCUAUCAUGCUACCAAGGGGAGGUUGGGAACACCGCCCAAAAAAGUCACAAGCUCUGAGGAACAUAAAAACAAACUAGUUGAGGAUUUCCAGAAGUUCAAUGACAAUGAUAUAGUAGCUUCCAAUGGCAAAGCCACAAGAAGAAAAAUAUCGUGGAAGCCAUUGUUAUUUUUUUUAAUGGCAGUAUUCGGCUUCCCAUAUCUGCUGAAUAAAUUUAUUACUAAAGUGCAGAAUUCUGGAGCAAUACAAAUUUCGAAAGGAAGUGGUAGUGAGCCUAUCGAUCCUUCCAAGUUGGAAUUUGCCAGAGCGUUAUAUGAUUUUGUUCCAGAAAAUCCACAGAUUGAAGUAGCCUUGACAAAAGGUGAUUUGAUGGCCAUUUUGAGUAAGAAGGAUCCCAUCGGUAAGAAUUCCGACUGGUGGAAGGUAAGGACAAAAAAUGGUAAAAUUGGUUACAUUCCAUAUAACUAUAUUGAGAUCAUAAAACGGCGGAAAAAAAUUGAGCACAUUAAUGAAGAAGUAUCAGCACACUAA